AUGCUGGGACUUCCGAAACUCAAUACAGGAGGCGUGGGGGGCAAGUCUGAGACCAAGCCUGAGGCCACGUCGGACGCUGUUGCAAAGUACAAUGAAAGACGUUUCCGCCAGGCGGCGCUGUUCUAUGGGUGCGCAGUAAUGACGUACAUCGCUUCCAAGAUCGCCUAUCGAGGUGUUAUUGCCAGACGGUAUAACCCGACGUUUUACCAGCACAACCACGUUCCUCCCAAAUUUUCGUUCUACCGGGACGCCGCCAGCGCGGUGGCACACGCGUCGCUGCUUGCCGUUUCGUCGAUGGCGAUGUUUGUCACCGGGGGUUUCUGGUACUACGAUAUCUCUGGCCCCCGCGAGUUUGGCCAGCGGAUGAAGGUGCUGCUAGGCGGAGCAGAGGCAGAGAAGGAGCUUGCGCGGAUGCCUGUUGACCAGGAAACAAACGACAUGCAGAGCAUGUUGACGAGCCUGCUCAGCGGCGACGACGAGACCGCCGAAACCUAG